AUGGAGGAUGCUGGGUUCUGGAAAGUUGUCAUCAAAGCCAAGCAUGGAGAGCUGAAUCACUGGUGUUCAAAAGUCUCAAGUUCUCCAUACGGUGUGGGAUUAUGGAAAGGCAUCAGCAAAUUAUGGAGUACUUUUGCUCAGAACAUCCACUUUGAAAUUGGGAAUGGUUCAUACAUCGGAUUCUGGAAGGAUAAAUGGCUUGGAAACUCUACCCUUCAAGUUGAAUUCCCUAACUUGUUCACCAUAGCCCAAGAUCCUAAUGUUGUUAUUGCUACAUACAGGGAAGGGGUCAAUUGGGACUUGAAGUUCAGAAGGGACAUGCAUGAUUGGGAAAUAAACGAGCUGCUAGACCUCUAUGCAAGACUACAACAAAGCAAUGUUAACCCUCAUGCCGUGGAUAGACUUAAAUCGAGGAAUCAUGAUGGAGGCAUCUACACAGUCAAUGUGGGAUAUCAACAAAUGUGUUCUAGUAAUCCCAUGAUAGACAAAUGGCCCUGGAAACUUAUUUGGAGAACCAAGCUGCCACCAAAGGUUAUCUGUUACACCUGGACAGCAUUAUAUGAGUCAAGGAUGCUUAUAAGAGCUGGAGUUUAUGGAGAGUUGGUAAAGCCAUCAGGAAAAUCUGAUCAAUGGUCCCUGCUUGUAUUUUCUGGUGCAUUUGGAUAA